GAGCAAAGCGCCGUCUGCGCCUUUCCUUACGCAUCUUCAUUCCCGGCUGCUGGUGGAAAGGUGAGCACAGGAUCGGUCCCAUCCUCGGAUGUUUCUCCCGCCGGGCUCUGUUAUGUUUUCCGGACAAUCGAGCAUCAGGGGAUUCUGUUGAUUUUGAGUUCCGGCAACUUUUCUGAACUUCAUUUUGUGGCGCAACGAGGCAGCUAAAUUUAAAGUUGUCUCAUAAAUCGGCGUCGGCGCGCUCAAGUAUCACAUUACGACCGAUCUCUUGUGCUAAUGAAGGCGCGUACAGAUGCGCUGACCCAAACUUCGCUCUGCAUCUUGUCUGUAGUUAACUGAUGGAGACUGCUGGACGCACUUUUUUCUUUCUGUGAAGUUCUUGCCAUCCGCCGAUGAUGGACGGCGGACAGUCACCGGGGACUUUCGCAUCUGACCGCGCGUCUUUUACCAACACACGAGCGGAAGAACCAUGAUUUCUCCGAUGAAAUCCAGGAGCUUAUCCGACAACAGCAGUGCCAUGGGGAUCAGAAAUGGGUCAAAGAGGCAACAUCCUGCCAAACCCAUUUUUAUUCUGCUCCUGCUCAUUUUCACACCCAGAGUGGAUUCAUCGUGGUGGUACAUCGGAGCCCUGGGUGCUCGGGUGAUCUGUGACAACAUUCCCGGCCUGGUGAACAAGCAGCGGCAGCUCUGCCAGCGGCACCCGGACAUGAUGCAGUCCAUUAGCGAGGGGGCCAAGGAGUGGAUCAAAGAGUGCCAGCACCAGUUCAGACACCACCGCUGGAACUGCAGCACGCUCGACCGCGACCACACCGUGUUUGGCAGGGUGAUGCUGCGAAGCAGCAGAGAGGCAGCAUUUGUUUAUGCCAUUUCCUCGGCCGGAGUGGUCUACGCCAUCACCAGAGCGUGCAGUCAGGGCGAGCUCAAGAUCUGCAACUGCGACGGUCUCAAGCGUGGCCAAGCGCGGGAUGAAAAGGGCAACUUUGACUGGGGGGGCUGCAGCGACAACGUCAACUACGGCAUCAAGUUUGCCAAGGCUUUCGUAGAUGCUCGAGAGAAGAUGGUGAGGGACGCCAGAGCGCUGAUGAACCUGCACAACAACCGGUGCGGUCGGAUGGCAGUGAAGCGCUUUAUGAAGCUGGAGUGCAAGUGUCACGGGGUCAGUGGUUCCUGUUCUCUGAGAACCUGUUGGCUGGCUAUGUCUGACUUCAGGCGAACCGGAGACUACCUUCGGAAGAAGUACAACACGGCCAUCGAAGUGACGAUGAACCAGGAUGGGACCGGCUUUAUGGUGGCUGACAAGGAUUUCCAGGGAACCACCAAGAAUGAACUGGUGUAUGUGGAGAACUCCCCCGACUACUGUGUCAGGGACCGCAUGGCAGGCUCUUUGGGGACAGCCGGCAGAGUGUGCAACAAGUCCUCAAGAGGCACAGAUGGCUGCGAGGUCAUGUGCUGUGGACGAGGCUACGACACCAUGCGCGUCAAACGUGUUACCAAGUGUGAGUGCAAGUUCAAGUGGUGCUGCGCGGUGGAGUGCAAAGACUGUGAGGACGUAGUGGACGUUCACACCUGCAAACCACACAGGAGGCCUGACUGGCUGGACAUAACUUAGAAAAAAGGAAUGGCCAAAAAAAAACAAAAAGAAACAGGCGCAAUGGGCUCAAGAACUUGUUCUAAAGAUUUCCUAUUUAAGUGGAGUCUUGUGACUGUAAAGCUUUGGGGUUUGAUGCGUUGAUCCCUCUCGACGCAAGGACUUCCUACAUCUUGAAAAACUGGAAAGAAGAAGCCAGCUGAACAAGACCACUCAUCAAAUACCUAACUAUUUGUUAUUAAAAGGUUGAAUAUAUUGCUAUACUGCUAUAAUUAGACAAUGCCUUCUUACCUGAACAUGGGAUACAUAGCCAUAAUAACAUAAAUACUGAAUGAAAAGUAACAGUUAAAAUAAUGUUUGACAAGGUCUCACUUAUGAUGAUGCUUGACCCCAUUGCAUGUUGUUGUUUUUAUCCUGAAUAUCUGAGCAUUGGGAGUGAGCUGGUUGGCAAAAAAUCUUGCCUUAAUACAGCGGUAUUAACAGUUUUACCUUAAAACAAUUAUGUUUAGACAACGUUGCCUCUCAUAGACAUUGUGAUGAAUUAACCAUUCAGAGGUAUAAUGUUGCCAGAGCCAUUUUCAGUCCUAAGUAAGUAAUGGGUAGGUGCUGUCAAUGAAUGGGCAAGAGUUUUCUUUCUGGGAAUUUUGUUACAUUAUCAACUAUCAGAGAUGUUAAAUGCAAGAGACUCUGAAAGAAUACACAUUUUAUGUUAUUAUUUCUUCUUUUACUGAGGAUUCAGAAGACUUGUUUGAGAAAACAAUUGUAAUCCCAUUUUAGAGGGUUUCUGAAAACUGUAACACCUCUGGGUGUAUGUUACCAUGAAUGGAUUUCUCCUCAGUGACUAUUGCAGUUGUAAAGCUGAGUAAGAUAGACAGUAGAGAUUUUGCUGUGUGGUCGUUUUCAACAUUCUUGCCUUACAGGACAAAGACAGCCUUAAACGUUGACACAACCCACACAAAUGUGAAUCUAUAGUUUCUGGGAUUAACAACUACUGUUCAGGACAGCACACUAAUUGGAAACUGGUCCAAUUUACAUAAUAUUAUUAAAAAAUAUGUAAGUGCUUGCCAUCAAACAAUUGAAUGUAGUUCCCAACCUACUCGAAAUGAUCUGAUACAGGCAAGUUACAAAACUGAACUCCACUGCAAGUUCUGGGUCUGACCCCGGGUCUCCUCCUAGGGGAACAUGCACCUUAAAGCUCCAAAGGGAGGUGCACAUUAUUAUCAGAAAUCUGUUUGACUUCUUUUAAAAUGAAGGGUAACAGCCAUACUUUCAGCUCCUUGUGGACAACAAAGCUCCUUUCCCUGUUUCUAAGGGUGAGGCCCGGAGGAUGCUCAUUUCAGCCACAUGUAUCCAAGAGAUGGACAGAUUGACUCUCAAUGAUGCAAGACCAUGACACUUGGCGAACAUUACCUUGGUUUUGGAGACCAGGGCACCCUUCCUGAGUCAGGUGGGUGGUAGCUUGCCUCUGGGCACCUGGCAGACGAGCCGUGGCUCCUGAAGCUUAGCCUGGCUCAGCCCCAAAAGCAACUGGAAGCCCUCCAUGUGGCACCAGUACCUGCGGAGAGGGGCAUCGAUAUUAGGUGAUAGAAAUCCAGAUGUCCUGGAAUCAUAAUUUCACUCUAGGGACACUUGUACAAAUCAAGAUGUCGCGGUGGUGAGUAGCAAAGUGAACCCACAAUUGAGAAACCAGUAGGUGUUUCCAUUACCACACCACAGCACCAUAAUGGUUCUAUAAGUAUUUGCAUGGUACUACACAAAUCACUCUUUUAUAUCAUACACAGUGGCUGCUAAUUUAACUAUCACAAUCUAAAAGUCAGAAGACACUAAAAAUGUUUUUUUGGGGAAGUCAGAAAAUACACUGUGAACCUCAAAGAAGGACAAGAGGAGGGCAAAUAAACUGUUUCAGUUCAGUGGCAGUGCACCUGAGGAGCUGGAUUUAGGUAAACCAAUAAAAAAAGGGACACAUAA